AAUAAAGCGAUUUUGCCGCGCUAGCACCUCCCACAUCACAUCGCUCUAAAAUUCCCAAUCCCCAACUGAGUCUGUGUAGAGAGAAAAGGGGAAAAAGAUGGAGAUUCGCGUAAGGUGCAACUGCGGAGAAGGAAGCUGCGAGGAAUGGGGCAUUGUGGAGCUUCAAGGAGUGGUGGAGCCUCAGCCAGGAUUCCACGAUUCCCUCCCAAAUCUCCACAUCGGUACUCUCUGUCGUCCUUCUUCUCAGGAAGUGUAUACCUUCACUGUUGGAUACCACGAACUGACAGGGUCAAAGGUUCCCUUGAAGAAGCCAUUGGUGGUGCUCAAGAAAGUAAAGCAUCCUGAUGGAGAAAGUGGGUGUAAGGUGGAGCUGCAAGUUGUUGGAGUCAUUAGACAUAAGAUUCUGUUCAAGAACAGACCAAAGGCUCUCAUUUCUAAGCCACAGAUGGCAUCGAGGGAAAGACAAAAGCCUAUCAUGUUAGGCUCUUCCCCUUAAAUCAAGCUGCCUAAGACUCAUUGUCACUGUCAUUUGUUGAAACCAUGUUGGACCAGAAAACUGAAGAAAUUGGAGGCACACUUGUCAUCCCCUUUUCAUACGCUGCAACCCAAAUUCAGCCAAAGUCUUACCCAUAUUUGUAAUCAUAGCAACCACAUGUUAUAUAGAGUGCCAAUAAUGGCAGAAGUGAUUGUGAUCUAUCA